GGGGAGUGUCAGCCCUGCUUGGUGCGCUGCGAGUCCUAACCAGAGCCGGCGACUUCACAGUCCCUGUCCCAUGGCCGGGUCUCCCCGCCGCGCCGCGAGCCGGCGACUGCAACUACCCCUGCUGUGCCUCCUCUUCCAGGGUGCCACCACCAUCCUCUUUGCCAUCUUUGUCCGCUACAACCAUGAAACCGACGCUGCCCUCUGGCACUGGGGCAACCACAGUAACGCGAACAAUGAAUUUUACUUUCGCUACCCAAGCUUCCAGGACGUGCAUGCCAUGGUCUUCGUGGGCUUCGGCUUCCUCAUGGUCUUCCUGCAGCGGUACGGCUUCAGCAGCGUGGGCUUCACCUUCCUCCUGGCCGCCUUUGCCCUGCAGUGGUCCACGCUGGUCCAGGGCUUUCUCCAUUCCUUCUACAGUGGCCACAUCCACAUUGGCAUUGAGAGCAUGAUCAACGCUGACUUCUGCGCGGGGGCUGUGCUCAUCUCCUUUGGUGCCAUUCUGGGCAAGACUGGGCCCCCACAGCUGCUGCUCAUGACUCUGCUGGAGGUGGCGCUGUUUGGAAUCAAUGAGUUUGUGCUCCUCAAUCUCCUGGGGGUGAGGGAUGCUGGCGGCUCCAUGACUAUCCACACAUUUGGUGCCUACUUUGGGCUGUUCCUAUCAAGGAUCCUUUACAGGCCUCAGCUGGAGAAGAGCAAGCACCGCCAGAGCUCCAUCUACCAUUCGGACCUCUUCGCCAUGAUUGGAACCAUCUUCCUGUGGAUCUUCUGGCCUAGCUUCAACUCUGCACCCACUUCGCUGGGGGACACGCAGCAUCGGACAGCCCUGAAUACAUACUACUCCCUAACGGCGAGCACCCUCAGCACUUUUGCCUUGUCUGCCCUCGUCAGUGGGGAUGGGCGACUGGACAUGGUCCACAUUCAGAAUGCAGCACUGGCCGGAGGGGUUGUGGUAGGGACAUCUGGUGAAAUGAUGCUGACCCCCUUUGGGGCUCUAGCAGCUGGCUUCUUGGCAGGGACCGUCUCCACGCUGGGGUACAAGUUUUUAACGCCCAUACUUGAAUCCAAAUUCAAAAUCCAAGACACAUGUGGUAUUCACAACCUCCAUGGAAUGCCAGGGGUCCUGGGGGCCCUCCUGGGGGUCCUUGUGGCUGGACUGUCCACCCAUGAUGCUUAUGGAGAUGGCCUGGAGAGUGUGUUUCCACUCAUAGCCAAGGGCCAGCGCAGUGCCACGUCUCAGGCCAUACAUCAGCUCUUUGGGCUGUUUGUCACACUGGUGUUGGCCACCGUGGGCGGGAGCCUUGGAGGGCUCCUGCUGAAACUGCCCUGCCUGGAUGCCCCCCCAGACUCCCAGUGCUAUGAGGACCAGAUUUACUGGGAGGUGCCUGGGGAGUAUGAGAAUGAAGUCCAGGGACCUCUGAGUGUGGAGGAACCAGAUACUCGGGCCUAACCAGUUGCCAGCCUGAGAGGAUAUUCUCCUUUUAGAAGAUGGGCCGGACUGGGGAUGUAUCUCAGUGGUAAAGCACUUGCUUAGCAUGUGCAAAACCCUGGGUUCAGUCCCCAGUGCCACGUACACACACACAAGAUGAUGAUAACUGGCUCUCUUUUAGCUCCUGUCCAAUAGAAGGCCUGGAAAGGGGGGAGGAAGCCUGGCCAGCUGCCCCACCCACUGCCCUACCAGCUUACACAUGGGGUAGAAGGUCCAAAGUGAGGCACCCAAGUGCCUGCCGAUCCUUUGGGCCAAUGUUACACAGUUACAGUGAAGCCUAGUCCAGGCUCAGUUCCCUGGGGUAAUAAAUACCAC